AUGAAUGUAUUAGGUUCUCGCCAAACCAUUGUGUUCAACGAUGAUGAUACAACAUGGGAAUUAUUUGUUGACACUGACAACAUUUUGAAACUAAAAUUAUAUGACGACUCAGUAAUUGUCUCACAAUAUAGUGUCAGCACUUAUCCUUUCUAUUUGGCCCUUGUGAAAAGCUCGUCUCAAGGGUUGAAGCUUGUUGCUAAUACAACAGACGUGUAUAUUAAUUCUACUUUUACCUCAAAGUUUAACAAAAGACAAAACCAAACACAGAGUUCUACUAUUGGUAUGAGUAUCAGAGGUGACAGUUACCUUAAUGGACUUGUAGACAAUGUUGCUAUUGCCUUUUUUGACUAUCAGGAUUAUCACCUCAAAAAAGGUUUUUAUAGUGCUGUGGGUUGCCAUGGAGAUAAAAACCCAACAGUUUGCAACAAUAGAGGCAUUUGCAUCGGUGAAAGCUUGUGUGAAUGUAAAGAUGGUUACUCUGGAGAUAAAUGCGAAAAUACAACAUGUUUCGGAAUAGGUAGCAACACUUCUGAAGUUUGUAGUGGUCACGGACAAUGUGAUGGUCUUAAUAACUGUACUUGUGAUUUUGGAUACAGUGGGUCCAAUUGCGCAAUCAAAGACACUAUUUUUGAAUCCAUAAUCGCAACAUACGGAGAAUCGUUCAGCUUGCGUAAUAUAUUCGACAACAAAUAUAUGUUAGGUGCUGAGGUUCGAGGAUUGGAUGCAAUGUACAAUUUGAAAGACUAUCAAUCGGCUAGUGAUAAUAAGGGCUGCUUGAGGGCAACACUGGCAAGUGGUAACACUAACUCACCAUAUAUCAUUCUCUACAAUAAUUUCCAAGUUACUGUUAGGGUGUUAUUUUUCACCUUAGAUGGAAACCAAACUUUGCUAGACUUGAAUAACAUUGCCGGUUGGAAACUUUCUACUAAUGGAAAUGAUUUAAUAUUUGAAACUAAGCAAGGAUCACUCAAAUCAAAAACUAUUAUAUUAGGCCUUUCUCUCAUUUUACCAAAUCAUUUAUACGAAUUUCAAAUUACCAAAUCAUCAGAACGAGGUUUAACUAUUUCUAUUGAUAGUAAUGUCAUUUUUAAUGACACUACCAUUACUGAGGAUCUUGUUACCAACACUAAGGGUGAAAGUUAUGUUGGCGACUUGGCAUUGGAAGGCUAUAUUGAACUUCUUUGGUUUUCCUAUAAUAUGACUGAAGAAAUAUCUUCUCUUUGGUAUUGUAAUGGUAUUAGAUAUGAUAGUCCAAUUGUUUGUUCAGGAAAAGGAUUAUGUUUAGGUAGAGAUUUAUGUGAGUGUGUUUAUAGUGAAGGUAAUAAUUGCCAAGUUCCUUUUUGCCACAACGUCUCGGCAACUAACGUUUCUGUUUGUUCAGGCCAUGGUGAUUGUCAUAGUACCGAUGAAUGCAAAUGUGACCUUUCUUUCACAGGAUUGGAGUGUCAAAUCAAUAAUGCAAUUUUAUAUGUUCACAAUGAAAAUGGAACUGCUGUGGAUAGUGUAGAUCCUCAAGCGUUUUUUAUCCAUAACAACCUAAGUGUGAUAAACGAAACUGGAGCUUAUAAUCCAAUUGAGUUUCCAAAUGGCUUUGUAAAACCUGAUACUGUUGUAGAUCAAACAGUUCAAGAAUGUUUAUCCUCUGUCGCUCCCAGUGCAGCUUGUAAACAGCUAAUUCUUGAUGCUCACAUAACAGCAAAUACAACUUAUAAUAUCACAGUAUGUGAAGAAGGCUAUUAUCAAGACCCUAAUGUUACCUAUAGAUGCAAGCCAAUGUGUUUUGGAGUUAAACAGGAAGAUCAUAAUGUUUGUAGUGGGCAUGGAAGUUGUAAAUAUAAGAAUUUUUGUUUAUGUUAUUCUGGCUUCCAUGGUCACAACUGUCAAAUUGAUUCAAACUAUACAAAUGCUGCCUAUGAAGAGCUGUCCACCUGUGGACAAGAAACCUAUUCUAUGGGUUUUGCAAUUUCCUCACAAACAAACACUUCUCUUCAUCAACUUGCAGCAAAUGAUAAAUCAAUGUUAGAUUCAAAUGUUCCUUGUGCUUUAACAAGAAGGACAGUGAAUGACUUUGCAAUAUCUUUCAAGAUUUACCUUACCAGUAUAGACAAUACUGUUAAACAUAUUAUUUCAAUCAACAAUCUUGCUAACUGGUUCCUUUACUUACAAGGAACUAAACUAUAUAUAAAUGGAACCCAGACAAAUUUGGUGCAAGAGCAAACGCUGUUGACACCGAUGAUUGAAACUUUAGACAAAUGGUACAAGAUUUUGGUUGUUAAAUCAAGCUCUUUAGGUACCAGAGUGUACUUGGAUGGAAAGUCUACUCCAGAUUAUAUAUUUGAACACUAUGAUGAUUACAUUUCUGUGAACGAAUCUCAAAACACCUACAGUUCUGUUGGUUUUUCUCCUUCUCAUGGUUACAUAGACGAGCUCAUGAUUUUUGGAGUUUACGGAAUGCAAGAGUCUGAAAUUACCAAUAUUGCUGCAAUUGGAGGUGCUUUCAAGUGUAACGGAAUUCACAUGAAUUCGACAAAAGUAUGUAACGGAAAUGGUGUUUGUAACGGCUUUGAUGUUUGUAUAUGUAACUCUAACUAUUCAGGACUUUCUUGUUCUCUUCCAAUGUGUUUCAAUAUAGUUAGCAAUGAUGCCGGUGUAUGUUCAGGACAUGGUGUUUGUAUAAAGCCAAACAUCUGUGAGUGUAAUGUUGGGUUUGUAGGGUCUAAAUGCCAAACUGAACUAAUUAAGUCAACAUGUACAGAUCCAGAGGGUAAUUGUGCUUCCAACAAUGCCACUAAUUACAUUGCAAGUAAGGGCUUGAAUUUUACCUCCAGCUCACCUGAUUGCAAAAAUAGUCAAGACAUUUAUGCUUGUGGGCAAACAAUGUUGGUUGGAUCUCCUGUUUUUAGCAAUGUCAGUAUUUGUAGAGAAGGAUAUUAUGGAUCAAAUUGUUCCUUACCAAUUUGUUUUGGUGUUAAAUCAGAAGAUCCACUUGUUUGCAAUGGAAAUGGUAAUUGUACUAAGCCUGAUUUUUGCAAAUGUUUUGAAUCCUCCAUAAGCGGACAAAACUGUGGUAAUAAUGCUACCUUUUUACAAGAAUUAUACACUAUUCAACAACUUUUGAAGGCCAACGAUACCAACUAUUCUUUCAGACUUAAACUUAGUUCGGACUUUAUGUUCACUACUGCUGACAAGAAAUAUUUGCAAGAACUGGGCGGUAAUAUGACUAUCCAAAUCAAUAACCUUGUUUUGAAUAAUAAUUCAAUUUCUUUCCGUAAUGGUACUGAGGUCAUAAUGCACACAAAGACAAACAUUACCCCUUUAUAUCUAUUUACUAAUGACUACUAUAUAUCUUUCAAAUUGAUAAUUGAAGAAUUUACUGAUUACAAUCCUAUCAUGAACAUUACUAGUGGGGCUUCAUUUAGCAUAUAUCUAAUUGGAACCACAUUGGUUUUUGAAGGCCAUACAAUUGAACUUUCCCCGUUCAUUAUUUCUGUUCAUGGAGAAGUUGAAGUUGAAAAUCAGAUAUAUUCAAUAUUAAUAACCAAAUCAACUAGCACAGGUACUCAAGUAUUUGUUAAUGGGGUAUUGAGGUAUUCUACUCCAUUUAGCUAUGACUUUGUUGUUACUUUACCCCAACAAAAUGCUGAUAGUUUUAUUGGAUUUGACAUUAAGGAAGGCCAUAAAAUAAGUUUAAAUGGCUAUAUUGAUGAUAUUCAAAUCGGCAGCAACCUCGGAUUAUCCUCGGUUGAAGUAGCUAAUUUACUCAGAGAGAAUAAGGGACACUUCUGUGCAGGAAUUUACUUGACAUCCCCUCAAGUUUGUAAUUCUAAUGGUAAAUGCUAUGGUAAUAACGUUUGUGAAUGCAACAGAAACUUCACAGGAUCAAAUUGUGAUAUUCCAGUCUGCUUUGGUAUUUCCGCUGACUGUUCUCAGGUUUGCUCUGGAAAUGGACACUGUGAGAAACCAGGUUUUUGUGCUUGCAAGGUUGGAUAUGCUGGUGAACAAUGCCAAACAGAUCUAAGUGCAACAACUUGCACAGACGUAAAUGGUGAUUGUUUUGCAAAUGACCCAACAAAGUAUUUUAGAACUCGAAAAUAUAUUAACGAAUACGAUUGUUCCAAUCCACAAACUGAUACAGAAAUUUAUCUUUGUGGUGGUAAAUCUGUUGCGUUACCUUUAUUGCCCGGUAACCCUUGCCCACGAGGAUAUUAUGGAUCAAAUUGUUCUUUACCAAUUUGUUUUGGUGUUAAAUCAGAAGAUCCACUUGUUUGCAAUGGAAAUGGUAAUUGUACAAAACCUGAUUAUUGUCGUUGUUAUAACUCAACGUUCUCUAGAAGAGAUUGUGGUGUUGAUAACGAAUACAUUAAAGAGUUGAUUAAAAUCCAGUACAACAUGAGAACAGAAUAUCCUGACUAUAGUUUUAGAUUAAAAGUUAGCCCAACAUUUGUAAAAAAUACCACUUAUCCAAGCUCUGGCAGUCAAAAGUUUAGUACUCGAAGAAAAUUGCUCGCUGUUGAUACAGACACUGCUGUGCUAGAGGAAUUGGGUGGAUCUUUAAAGAUUACCGUUGUUGACAUUGUUGUCUCUAAUGGUACAAUUUCUUUCGAAAACGGAAGUGGUUUAAUCAUCAGUACAUACAAUACUAUUUCUCCCUUAUACACGUACACCAAUGAUUUUUACAUUUCCUUCAAGAUUGUGGUUACUGAAUUCAAAGACUACAAUCCAAUAAUGAAUAUUACUAGUGGGGCCUGCUUCAGUAUUUACUUGAUGGGCACAACUUUAGCCAUUGAAGGCUUGACUGUAGAAUUCCCCUAUCCAAUAGUACAGCUAGUUCCUAAUGGUAUUGAAUUCACUAACAUUGAAUAUUCUGUUUUGAUUAUGAAAUCAUUUGAAGACGGAACUCAAGUUUAUAUUAAUGGACAUGAGGAGUACAAUAGUGUUUUCAGUUACAGCUUUUUGACCUCACUUUCUAACAAAACUGCCAAUAGUUAUGUUGGUAUUGAUUUUAAAGAUGGUAACAAAAUCACAUUUUCUGGCACUAUUGAUGAUAUCCAAAUGUCCAAAAUAGGUAGUAAUAAUUACUCACAAAUAUUAGCAAUUGUGAACGACCAACUUGCUUACUCUUGUAAUGGUAUUUACUUGACAUCACCAAAAGCAUGUAAUAGCAAUGGAAAAUGUUAUGGUAAUGAUUUGUGUGAAUGUAAUGGGAUUUAUAUUGGUAAAUAUUGCGACAUACCAGUUUGUUUUACUGUCCCGGCAACUUUACCUAACGUUUGUUCAGGAAAUGGUUAUUGUGAGAAACCAAAUCAAUGUUCUUGCAAAGUUGGUUUUAUUGGUACACAAUGUCAAACAGACCUUUCUAUGACAACAUGUAUGGAUCCUGAAGGUAACUGUACAACUAUUAAUACACCUCUUGAUCUUGAAAUUGAUUGUACAAACCCAACAGGUGAUAAUUUGUAUCUUUGCUCCAAGAAGAAUGCAACAGGUCUCUUAAAUGUAACCACUUGCAGAGAAGGAUAUUAUGGAUCAAAUUGUUCUUUACCAAUUUGUUUUGGUGUUAAAUCAGAAGAUCCACUUGUUUGCAGUGGAAAUGGUAAUUGUAUCAAGCCUGAUUUUUGUAAAUGUUUUAAUUCAACAUUUACAAGAUUAGAUUGUGGUGUAAAUAUUGAAUUACUACAAAAUAUUACUAAUUUACAAAAUGAAUUGAAACAAAACCUUACUAGUUUUAGACUUGUUAUUGAUCCUCUUUAUAUAAGUGAACCAGACAUUGAUGGUAAUAUGUAUAUUGAAGAGCUUGGAAGUGAAAUGAAGGUACUUGUAAAGAAUUUGGUAAUUGAUCAAGAUAACAUAAUUUCAUUCAAAGAUGGAACUCAAAUAAUAUUGAAUACCAACAAUGUCAUUUCAAUUCUUUACUUAUUUACCAACAACUUUUACGUUUCAUUCUCAAUUUCACCAACAGAGUUUAAAUCAUACAAUCCUAUCAUGAACAUACAAAGUGGUGCCUCUUUCAAUAUUUAUUUGACAGGAACGACAUUGGUUAUUAAGGCCAGUAUUUUAGAUUCUCCUCUUCCUUAUAUAAUCUCUGUACCAAAUGAAAUUGAGUUAAUAGGUCAGGUUUAUGAUGUAUUCAUAAUGAAAUCAAAAUCAAUGGGGACACAAGUAUACAUCAACAACAAACGUUGUUAUAAUAGUGUUUUCAGUUAUGAUUAUAUUGAUACAUUGAAUCAAAAUAGAGACAGCUACAUUGGUUUUGAUAUUUUGGAUGAUGGAUCCACUAUUGGAUUUUCAGGAACUUUAGAUUUGAUUGAAAUUGCACUCAAUGAUAAUCUUCCACCUAUUGAAGAUCCGCAAUAUCCUCCAAAGAAUGACAAAUCUUUCACCUGUGCAAAUAUAUCUAUGACCUCACCAAAAGUUUGUAGUGGUAAUGGUAAAUGUGUUGGUUAUGAUAAUUGUAUCUGUAAUGUCACUUACAUUGGUUCAAUCUGCAAUAUUCCAGUUUGUUUUAAUAUUCCUGCCACUUUUUCUAAGGUUUGUUCAGGAAAUGGUUAUUGUGAGAAACCAAAUCAAUGUUCUUGCAAAGUUGGUUUUAUUGGCACACAGUGUCAAACAAAUGUUAGUAUGGCGACAUGUACCAAUCCUGAAGGUAAAUGUAAUAAUACAAAGAUUAAUGGAACUCUUGAUCUUGAAAUUGAUUGUACAAACCCAACAGGUGAUAAUUUGUAUCUUUGCUCCAAGAAGAAUGCAACAGGUCUCUUAAAUGUAACCACUUGCAGAGAAGGAUAUUAUGGAUCAAAUUGUUCUUUACCAAUUUGUUUUGGUGUUAAAUCAGAAGAUCCACUUGUUUGCAGUGGAAAUGGUAAUUGUACCAAGCCUGAUUUUUGUAAAUGUUUUAGAAAUUCUAUUACGGGACAAAAUUGCCAAAAUGAUGCAAAUUAUCCAGAAAACGAGGUGAUGAGAAUUACGGAAAUACCGAAUUUGACACUCAACAAUUUUACCUAUUAUAAUUUUACAUAUGAGAAUACCACAAGUGGUAAUUACACAUAUACUAAUUUAACGAUCAGUAACUUUACAAAUAGUAACUUUACAAGUGAUAAUAUUACAAUUGGUAAUUACACAUAUACUAAUUCAACAAGCAGUAACUUUACAAACACUAACCUUACGAGUGAUAAUAUUACAAUUGGUAACUUUACAAAUAGUAACUUUACAAGUGAUAACAUUACAAUUGGUAAUUUCACAUAUACUAAUUUAACAAUCCGUAACCUUACGAGUGAUAACAUUACAAUUAGUAACUUUACAAUUAGUAACUUUACAAGCAAUAAUAUUACAAUUGGUAAUUUCACAUAUAAUAACUAUACAAAUAGUAGGGGCAAUUUCACAUUUGACAAUGUUACAAGUAGUAACUUUACAAACAACAACUUAACCGCAAAUAACCUUACAAAAACUAAUCUUCCUGACAGUAGCAAUAAUACAAUUCCGUACAUCAGGUUUAUGCUUCACAAAGCUUAUUUAGACGAAACUGGUAAUUUAGUUGAACUUAGAAAUUCAACAACUGUUCAAAUUUCAGGCUUGUCCGUGGAUAGUGCCAGCUAUAUUGUUCCCAAACUUGCAAAAAUGGACAUCCCAACCUCAAAACUGUUUGUCCCAUUCAUCAACGAUUUCGUUAUUUACAUAGAUCUGACAAUUGACAGUUUCGAAGCAAUUAGUCCUAUACUUUUCGUUUCUGAUGUUGCAGCUUUUAACAUUUACUUGCUUGACCGUGUGUUGUUUAUUGAAGGUAAUACCAAAGAGUUGAUAAAACCUGAAGUAAUAUCAAUUCCAUAUGUAAUAGAGGUAGAACAUGUGCCCUACUCUAUAUUAAUCACCAAAUCGUCCAUAAGUGGUACAUCUGUUGUUGUAAAUAAUAAGGAAGUUUUCACCUCUGUAUUCAGUAGAGACUAUAAGAAUACAAUGGCAGGUAAAGAUAUGGGUGCAAGAAUAGGCUAUAACUUUGUGGAUGGAAAGGAAUCACAUUUUAUGGGUCAAAUACGUAAGAUAGUUGUUGCUUCAACACCACAAUCACCAACUGACAUACUUGAUAGAGCAUUUACUUGUGAUGGUACAUUUUUACUUGAACCAUCAGUUUGUAAUGGCCAUGGUAAAUGUUAUGGUUUGGAUGUUUGUUCCUGUAAUUCUAAUUAUACUGGCUCUAAAUGCUCUACUCCAGUUUGUUUUGGUAUUGCUUCGGAUGAUAAGAGAGUUUGUUCUGGUAAAGGACUUUGUGAGGCACCUGAUACAUGUGCCUGUAAUCCUGGAUUUAUUGGAGCAAACUGUUCUAUUGAUGUUACAAACACUCUAUGUAAAGGAAAUCCUAAUUGUACUCUAGAUGAUCCAAGUAACUACUUGAAUAAGACUAACAAUGGAACGAUAGAGGUUGGUAUUGAUUGUAACAAUACAAAAACUACCGCUGAAGCCAUGUUUUGUGGAUUAUCGACAAACCCAACUGCAAAGCCAAGUGUGGUCAAUACCACUGUUAACACUUGUAAAGUUGGUUAUUAUGGAACUAACUGCAAGUACCCAAUAUGUUUCAAAGUUCAAUCACAAGAUAAGAAUGUUUGCUCUGGAAAGGGAACUUGUACUAAACCAGACUUUUGUAAAUGUAAAGUAGGGUAUUCCGGCAAUAACUGUCAAGUUGACAACUCUUACAUUGAAAAAAUUAAGACUACCCAAACAACCACAUUGGAAGAAAAUCCAUACUAUCGUUUGGUUUAUACACCACACUCCAAGUUCAUCUCUUACAAUACCUCAUUGGUGGUAAAUUCGAAUUUGACACACUCUUUCGAUAUUAAUGCCCCUAUGUACGGAAUAUUGCUUGAUUUAGCUUAUCAUGUUAACCUAAUGGUGGAGAAUCCUUCUUUUGAUAACAAUGGUUAUUUACAAUUUGGUAAAUCAUCUGUCAUCUUCGAUAUUUUGGAAGAUCCGUCUCCUUUGACCUUGUUUUCUGAUGACUUUAGUUUGUCUUUUGAUAUUAGACUUCAAUCUUUGGGAGGAAUCCAACCAAUCAUAAGUCUCAAAGAUGGAGGCUACUGGAAAGUCUUUUUGGAUGGGUCUUCUCUUGUUAUCCAAGGAAUUAGUGAAACAUCUCUAUCGCCAAUUACCUUAACCGUAGAGGAUGCCAUUCCAUACACUGGUUUACUGUACCAUGUAAAUGUUGUUAAAAGUUACGUGACAACUGUUCUGGUAAACGGUAAUCCUCUUGGACUCUUUGGAGGUGUUCCAGAAUUCCUAGCCUUAAAUCCUUCUUUGACAAGUGAAAGCUUUGUGGGUUAUGACUUGGUGAAUGACUUGCCUAUUUAUUUGAACGGAACUUUAGAAUCUCUCAUCCUUAUCAGAAUAGAUCCAAUCAACUAUUCUGGGGUGGAUACUAGUUUGUUUACAUGUUUUGGAAUUUCCCAACUUGAAAGUUCUGUGUGCAGCCAUAAUGGAGUUUGCUUUGGUGGAAAUGUAUGUGUCUGUAAUGGUAAUUACACUGGUGAAGAGUGCCAAACUCCGUUGUGUUUUGGUGUUUCAGCUGAAGAUGAAAAAACAGUUUGCUCAGGUAAAGGAUAUUGUUCUGCUCCAGAUAAAUGUGAAUGCAAAACUCCUUACGUUGGAUCCAAUUGUCAAGUAGAUUCAAGUAAGACCACAUGCAAUACUACUGAUGGUGUCUGUACAACUGAUAAUGCAUCAGAUUUCUUUUCAAGCACAAAUUCAACACCAACCCUGUCCUGUGCACCAUUCUGUAAUUUACUUUCAACAUUACCAAAAUUGUCUAUUUCCUCUGUUUCGCUAAGAGAUGGAGACAGAAUUGUUUUUGCUCUUGCUGACCAACCAAUAGGGUACCCAAAAGCAAUCCUUGAGGACAAAGUAGUAAUUGACCGAGACAGUCUCUUCCAAAUGAUAAUCAACAAUGCAACCAUAACAAACAACAAGGGUGCUAUAUUUAACGGAGAAAAUAGCUACUUUACACCUUAUUUAAACUCUCCUUUCAAUAUCAAAACUGAAUUUUCAUUUACAAUAGUACUUUCAUUUGAUAAUACAUCUACCCAAGCCCAGCCAAUAGUCUCAUCAAAUUUCUUCUUGGAAAAGACUCCACUCAAUUCGAUUAGAUAUAUUGGCUAUUUGAACAGUAACAAAUCUGAAAUUGAAACAGUGGAAACAGACAAUAAUGUUGUACCUUCUGACAACUCUGUUGUGGUUGUAACGCUUGUAAAGUCAAAGCAGAGAGGUGUUACCAUUUAUAUCAAUGGUUUACCAUCUGUAAGAUUGUCAUCAACUACAAGUCUAGUAGCGGUAACAGAAACUUAUUUCGGUUUUAACAAUGUUAAUUCUACUUCCUUGAAUGGUUUCUUCAAGUUCAUUGCUCUUGUUGCAGGAGGCUUUUCAGAUAAACAGGCCAUUCAAGAUUUUGCUGACUACACUACCUGUUACGGUAUUUCUACAUUGUCUUCCGACGUUUGUUCUGGACAUGGUGUUUGUGUAUAUACAGACAAUUGUGAAUGUAAGAAGGGAUAUGUUGCUGAUGAUUGCAGCUUGGUUGCCACAAGUCAAGUGUAUGAUUUCAAUAACUUGACUACACAAGGUUAUUCGACAUUCAUAAGAGGACAUCUCGUUCAAGAAACAGACAGUCUAAAAUCCAAGUAUUGCAACGAAGAAUUGGAGUGCGAAAAUUGUAUUACUACAAAUGGGUUAAACUCAAAUAGAAGUGGUAUUUACUUUGAUGGAUCAUCAUCAAAGAUUGACAUUGCCCAUGAUUCAAACAUGGUUUUCUUCCACAACGAUUUCACCGUUACUUUGUGGCUGAAGAAAGAAAAGAAGGAUGGAAAUUCUUCCCAAACAGUUAUUUACAUGGGAUCUCCAAGCUACUGGCAGCUAGUUGCAACUGAAUCCAUUGAUGGAUUUACACUGUCUCUAACUGAUCAAUACACAACUAGAUCGGUUAGCAACUUAUUGAAAUAUAAUAGAUACUACUUUGUUUCUGUCACUAAAGAUUCUACCAGUAACGGACUUUCAGUUUGUUUUAACAAUGAGUUCUCUACUUGCUUUGUGGACACUGAUACAACCUACUCUUGGAGACGUACUAUUGAUAUUCAUAUAAUGUCAGCGAUUGGCUAUAAUCCAAGUACAAGGGAAUCAUACUUUAUGGGAAGCAUAUCCAACCUGAGGUUUGAUGCUGCUGUACUUAGCUCUUUGACUAUCAAUAGCACCAUCUCUAUUGAGAAUAGUCCUCAAAGUUUACAAAGCCGUUAUGACCAAGAAGGUCCUGUUUGUUUUGGAAUUCCAUUUUCUUCCGAUAAUAACGUGCAAUGUUCGUUUAAAAAGAAAGAUGAAGGAGGUAAAUGCAUUGAGUACAACAAAUGUGACUGCUUUAGCGAUUAUUAUGGAGAGUAUUGCCAAGACUUUACUUGUAAUAAUAUAAUGAACACCAACAGUACAUUCGUUUGUAAUGGUCACGGUACUUGUCAUAAUAAGAAUAACUGCACUUGCGAAGACUUGUGGACAGAUCUUUACUGUUCUAAGCCUAAAUGCCAUAAUGAAACCUACGACGUUGCUUGUAGUAAACAUGGUGAGUGCACUAAUAAUCACACUUGUCUUUGCAAGACUGGAUACACUGGUGAAAAAUGUGAAUAUCAUUUUUGUAAUAACAUUCUAAAUACCGAUCUGAUAAAAGUUUGCAGUGCCCAUGGAAAAUGUGACUCCCUUGAUAAUUGCAUUUGUAACCCUACAAACGCUACAGACCCUAACCUUAAGAAAGAUUGGAUUGGUACUUGGUGCGAAAUUCCAAGAUGCUUUGGUGCGUAUGCUAACGACACAGCAAAAGUUUGUUCCAAUCAUGGUGCUUGCAUUGAUGUUGACACAUGUGUUUGUACCAGUCCUUAUUUUGGUGAUGACUGUAAAUUAUCAGCAAAGGAACCUAUGUACAAGACAAUAAUUUUCAACUCGUCAAUAUAUGUCGAAGGAAAAUAUGUGUUUGGAAAUGGUUCUGACAAUGAUAUCGUUGCAGUGGCUUACGACAACACUACUGAUGGGUACGGCACUGAAGUGACUACCUCCUCAAAUAUCUCCCUUUCAAUAAGACAGGCUGAUGUGCUUGGUAAGCUUGGAGUUUAUCAACCAUUCGAUAGAUGGUUUUCUAACAAUUUUACCGUUUCUCUUACAUUCAAAAUGAAUGGUUCUCCUUCAAAAACUCAUACACUAUUCAAUUUUGCUUGUGGUGCCGAUUGGAAAUUAGUUUACAAAAAUAACACUUUGAUAUUAAGUUUCAAUUUGUCAGAUGGUCUAGAAUCCCAUAUCAACAUACCACAUACCUUUGAAAAUAAUAUUCACACCGUUGCUGUCUCUAAGAGCACAAACCAUGGUACUAGCCUGUUUGUUGAUGGUACUAGAAAACUAGUAAACUCAACUUUGCUAGAUGAUUGGAGGAUAAGAAAUACUGUGUUCAACAAGGGAAAACAAAACACAAUUGGUUCGGAACCAGGUGUUUCUGAUGCCAAAUUGGAUGGCUCCUUGUAUAGUUUAGAAUUCUCAUUGGGUGAAGCAUUGCCUGAUAUUUUCCUUGUUCUUUGUAAUGGUAAAAGAGGUAAUGACACAACGGUCUGUAGUGGCUUUGGAGUUUGUGAAUUUGAAAGCACUUGUUCUUGCGAUAAUGAACACGAUGGUUCUGACUGUGAGUUCCAUAAGUGCUUUAAUAUUUCAUCCAACAGUUCCAGUACUUGCCAUAGUCAUGGUCAUUGUGUUGCUGUUAACGUUUGUAAUUGCACUUCACAAUACAGUGGUCCUGAAUGUCAAUAUCCUGUCUGCCACGGAAUUCCAUCAGACAAGCAAACAGUUUGUUCUUCAAGCGGAUUGUGUUCUGAACCAGAUGUUUGUGUUUGCAAUGACGGUUAUUAUGGUUCUAACUGCGAAGUUCCAAUUUGUUAUGGUUUGUUAUCCAACCAAUCUGGUGUUUGUAGCAACAAUGGUGAAUGUAUUUCUCAUGACACCUGUAGCUGCAAUUCCACAUUCACUGGAAGUGUGUGUUCUAUUCCUAUGUGUUUUGGUCUCAAUUCUUCAGACAUACGAGUUUGCAGCUCUAAGGGUGUUUGUGUUGCUCCUGAUACCUGCAUUUGUAACAACAAUACCGAUGGUGUCGAUUGUUCAAUUAUAACUUGUGGUGGAUUACGUUUGACUCACCCAGAUGUUUGUGGAAGAAUUGGUGAAUGUAUUGCACCAGAUGUUUGUGAAUACUACCAUUGCUUUGGUGUGGAAAGUAAUGAAACAGAUGUUUGUAGCUCCAGAGGAAAAUGUAUUGGCAAUAAUACUUGUGAAUGUGAAACAAACUACUUUGGAAAUAAUUGUCAAAACUGGACUUGUAUUGUCAACAAUAUUACUGAUUGUUCCAAUCGCGGUUCCUGUGAUUAUGCAAAUCACUGUGUUUGUGAAGAAGGACAUGUCGGUAAUGCUUGUGAAGUUUCCAUUUGUUUCAACAUUCUUUCAAAUGAUUCAAAUGUUUGUUCUGGACAUGGUUUAUGUGUGGAUAAGGAUACUUGUGUUUGCGAUCCUAUUUAUGAUGGAGAAAGCUGCUCCCUUCCUAUUUGCUUUGGCUUUGAUUCCACCCAAACAGAAGUUUGCAGUGGAAGAGGUAUUUGUGGUUCACCUAAUAAUUGUACAUGCGAGGUUGGGUACUUUGCUCCAGACUGUUCCCUUACCAAUUGUUAUGGUGUGGUAUCUAAUACAAGUACUGUUUGUGGAAGAAUUGGAAAAUGUAUUGCACCAGAUGUUUGUGAAUACUACCAUUGCUUUGGUGUGGAAAGUAAUGAAACAGAUGUUUGUAGCUCCAGAGGAAAAUGUAUUGGCAAUAAUACUUGUGAAUGUGAAACAAACUACUUUGGAAAUAAUUGUCAAAACUGGACUUGUAUUGUCAACAAUAUUACUGAUUGUUCCAAUCGCGGUUCCUGUGAUUAUGCAAACCAUUGCACUUGUUCAAAUGGAUACAUUGGUUCAGCUUGUGAAGUUUCAAAUUGUUUCGACAUUCUUUCAAAUGAUUCAACUGUUUGUUAUGGGCAUGGUAUUUGUAACGAUACAGAUUUAUGCUUAUGCAUUUCAACUUAUGUUGGAAAAGAUUGUUCCAUUCCAAUUUGUUAUGGUUUUAAUGCUUCAGACUCUCAAAAUGUUUGUACUGGUCGUGGUAUUUGUUCUUUGCCAGAUACCUGUCAAUGCAGUGAAGGUUUUACAGGUCCAAAAUGUGAAUUUACUAUUUGUUAUAACAUUCCAGCUAAUGAAACCAAUGUUUGUAAUGGACACGGAAAUUGUACCUAUCCAGACAAUUGUAAAUGCAAUGGUUAUAUCGGAACCAAUUGUUCUACACCGGUUUGUUAUGGACUACCAGCCACUGAUCCAAACGUAUGUGCCAAGAAGGGUACUUGUAACGAUUUUGAUACAUGUAAUUGGUAUACUUGUUAUGGUUUAUCUGUCAAUAAUAGCCAAGUUUGCAGUGGCAGGGGUGCUUGUAUUUCUAACAAUAAUUGCAAAUGCUCUGAAGGUUAUACUGGAGAAGAAUGUCAGUAUGUUAUUUGUUACGAAAAGUAUGGUAAGGACGCUUGUAAUAGAGGAUAUUGUGCUGCUCCAAACAAUUGCACUUGUGACUAUGGAUUCGAGGGUAUUGAAUGUAACAUUACUUCAUACUUUGAUUGUGCCAAUAGAAAUAAUUGCUCGGCUCACGGUACUUGUAUCUCACAAGAUGUUUGUGUUUGCAGGCCUGAUUAUAGAGGAGAAAAUUGUUCCAUUCCUGUUUGCUUUAACAAGACUUUGGCUGAUGCUUGUAGCACUCAUGGUGUAUGUGUUUUCCCUAAUGUUUGCUCUUGUGAGCAAGAAUUUACCGGCAAGAAUUGUGAAUAUUUUGACAGCAGUAAGUCUUGCUCCAAUAUUACAGUCAAUUCUGUUUCAGUUACUUCCAAAUCGGUUGACAUUAUUGUAAUGGAUGUAGCAUGCAGUAAUUUGGUGGUCAUAUCUUCCCAAAAACUUUCCGAGUUGGGUUUACCUUCAUCUCCUAUCAAAUCUACUACUCCAACAAUAUUUGAUGGGACUUAUUACUUUACAGUAAUUAAUUAUGAUGAUUUCUCAGUUUUAAUUUAUACACAAAUGGAUAUUGUUGACUCAAUUUCAAACUGGAAAUACCUUUCAAGCCUUACUGAAGCAGACCAAAUUGAUAAGAUCUUUAUUAUGGACUCUGUUUUGUAUGGUAUUACCAUUAACACAAAUAAUUUUACAGUUACUACUAUUGAAUUCUAUGAAUCCUUAUCUGCUAGAGAUAUCUCAGGAAACAGUAUUAUCAAGACAACCCUAUACGACAACAAACGAUUGUACAAUCAUACAUUCAACAGAGAAACAGUUAAGGAUUUGAAUAUUGUUGUUGAUAAUACUACUUCAAUUGUCUUUACAGCUAGUAAUAGAUAUACCUUAACACCAACCCUUAUUUUCUUCGAUGCUAGAGUUAGAAUCAUAUCAACUGUUGAAUUCCCAAACAAGGACGCAGUUUCUAACGCUAGAGCGCUAAUCUCUGCUACUGAAGCCUCAGAUUAUUCUGAAUGGUCCUCUCAAGAUUAUAAGGAUUGGAAAGCCACUCUCUCUUACACAAUCAAGGACAGCAAUGGAGAUGCCAUUUGUAAUUCUAACUCUUUUAUUCUCCCAAUCACUUACCCUCAAUUUAUUGAAAAGUUCUCUCAUAAUUACACAUUAAGGUUGGAAAGUAGUGUAACUUGUACUCAAAUUCUAAAUAAGCCAACCAUUAACAUUGAAACAGAUUUGUACAAUAUUGUGGCUGCUUGUAAAGUUCAAAAGUGUGUUGCCCAUGCCACUUUAUUACCUAACAUGGAAUCCUCCAAUAUUACAACCAUUCUUGCUGGAGCAAUUUCUGGUGCAGUUGCAAUUAUUUUAAUAGUUACAGUAUUGGUAUUCGUUGUUGCUGGUAUUUGGUAUUACAGAAGAAAGAAGAUGAGAAGUAGCAAGUAUUCUGUUUAUGAUUAUGCCCACAACAGAGAUGAUUUACAAGAUGCAAUGAAUGACUUGUUUGAUAAGAUGAAUUCUUCUGAUGAUCAAAUGUCCUCAUCUACAGCAACAACAACAAAUGUUAUGCCAGAAUUUGAUGAUGAUGAUGCAGAUCCUAAUGUUAUGGUUAAUAGUUAUGCUGUAUGGAAUUAA